AUGCUGAUCAGCGAGCUUGAGGUUUUGGCCAAGGACAAUGCUCUCUUGAAGCGUGAGUUGGUCCAGACCCAGACUGAGUCCCAGUGCGUGAUUUGCCGGGAUUCAAAGAAAUCCGAAGCGUUUGUCGUAAGGCCAACGCCUCGAGAUGUUCUCACAGUACUUUGUGGACCUGAAGAGGCCAUGGAGAAAGAGGGUGAAAUUCUCCUGCCUUUGAUCUCACAGAGUUUCGAGAGCAGGCUGCAAAGGAAACAGAUCGAAGAACCAGAUUGUGCCAAGUUGCAUCAGGCCACUCUGUGUUCGGAUGUUGCCAGAUUGCUAGUGACCUGUGGCAUGGCUCACGACGCAGUGGACGUUCCCACGGAGGUCAAUCGAAAGCUGGAUUUGGAAAGAGUGUGUGCCUUGACUCUCUCGCAGAAGCAGGUUCUUUUGCUGGGCCGUGGGGCCACACCUUGGCGCGUGUAUCAACGUUGUUCUCGCGGCUGCGGACUGGUUUGCGAUCAAGCCAACUUGAAAGAGCACGAAGGACGCUGCAGUGGAGAAGAGAGGCUUAAAUCAGGCAAAACGCUCCGGUUUCGCAAGCAAUCUCGAGAGUUUGCUAAGGCCAGCGCAGACUUCAAGAAAGAGAUCGCGGAAGACUUUGGAGACAAGCCUUUCAUUAUCCAAUGCCGCAACUGCACCAUCCGGUGCAAUUUCAAGAAGCCGGAGAAGGGUGCCUCUUACCAGGAGAUUCUGGCAAGAUUUCACGAACAUUUCACAGCAGUUGAUUUUUGGCUGCGGCAACAGGCUCGUGGGCUCAAACGGAAGACAGAAGAGCUUGAGCCGCAGUUGCAGGAGGAAAGCGAAGAAGCAGCCAUCCGAACACAGGAGGCUGCUUGUGCAUUCUUGUGCUAG